AUGACAUCGUCGCUAGAAAACGCAGCCCAAUCGAUCAGUGCGGAUGAGAUUGCGCUGUAUGAUCGUCAAAUCCGUCUUUGGGGGGUCAAGGCCCAAGAGAAGCAAGUACUCCAAUUCCCAGCCGUGCGCGUUCAUGAGCUGAUCUUGCAUGCCCUUCGUUUUAGGAUUCGGUCCGCAAAUAUCCUUCUGAUAACGUUCAAAGCAUUGGCGAACGAAAUCGCAAAGAACCUUGUUUUGGCAGGCAUCGGCACUCUGACCAUAGUCGACCAUGAGACUGUCAAGGAAGAAGACCUUGGAGCGCAGUUCUUCAUAUCUGAGGAGCAUGUUGGCCAGAAUCGCGCCCAAGCUGCGGCCCCGGCGAUACAUGCUAUGAAUCCUAGAGUUCAGCUUCGGAUCGACACGGAAGAUAUUCAGACCAAGCAACCUGACUUUUUCGCGCAAUUCGAUGUUACCAUCGCCACGGAGCUUGACUUCCCAACAUACUCCACAAUCAAUGCCGCAUGCCGAAUCGCCAACCGUCCAUUCUAUGCUGCUGGUUUGCAUGGGUUUUACGGCUACGCAUUUGCCGAUCUGAUUUCUCAUGACUUCGUCAUUGAACGUUCCAAGUCGAAUGUUUCGCCGUCAACCCAAGAGACGCCCACUAGAACCAUCAUCAAUAUCACCACAAAGAAGGAAAAUGAUAAAAUUAUUGAGAUGGUGACGAAGCGGGAAAUCUACUCCCCCCUCAUCUUAGCAAACACAUCGCCUCUCCCUGAGGACCUGACCCGACUGCCCAGACGACGGAGACAGGUCACGCCACUUCUGACAUGCCUUCGAGCAUUGUGGGAAUUCCAGAAGCUUUCCGGGGGCAGAUUGCCCACAUUCUCCCGGCAAGAUCUUGAACUGUUCACCAAGCUUGCUCGUGACCGUCACCAAGAACUAAAACUUGACAUCAGCACUUUGGACUCAGAAUUUUUACGAACCUUUUUACAGAAUCUCGGCAGCGAACUGAGCCCCGUGGCGGCGUUUGUUGGCGGUAGCCUCUCGCAGGAUGUGAUCAAUGUGCUGAGCGCAAGAGAGCAGCCACUACAGAACCUCUUACUAUUCGACGGCGAGAAGUCCGUCGCACCCAUCUACUCCUUGCAUCCUUUCUUCCCACCAGAGAUGGACAAGGCUCUUUCUGCCAUUCCUCCUGUUGCGAAUGCAAUUCCCAUCAACGGCGAACCGACCGCUGCUCCUCUACCUACGAGACUACCUACAAAUAUCUAG